AUGUUGAAGAAGGGGAAGUCCCGAUUACUGAAGCUCAGGAGGAGCUUGUUCAAGUUAAAACACCAGACGGGUGGGGGGGAAUCCAGAGGCCCUUAUUGUCUGCUUCCUUUCUCAGCUGAACCCCUGGCCCCAGAGCCCCCAGCAGGGCCCUCUGAGGUGGAGCAGCUACAGGUUGAGAUCAACCAUCUAAAAGAGGAGCUGGAGAGCGCGAGAAGACAGCUCCAGGCCAAGGUGGAAAACAACAAGAUGUUGCUUCUCCUGAGCACCGGACACAAGGAGAGGCUACAAACACAGGAGAAGAGGAUACGUGAACGGGAGGAGAGUAUACACGAAUGGGAGGAGAGGAUAUAUGAAUGGGAUCUGCAUAUACGGAAACAGGAGGAGAGGCUCUGCGAAUGGGGAGAGAGGCUAUAUGAAUGGGAACAGAGGCUACAGGAACGGGAAGAGAGGCUGCAUCAGCAGAAGAAGCUGCCAGGGCAGGAGAGGCCGCGGGAGCUGGAGAGGAUGCUGGAGCCGGGGUGGGAAGACCUCGAUGAGGAGUGGGAAGACCUAUCCAGCGCCUCGGAGGACCUGGCCCUACAGCUGCUGGAGCAGAAAGUACAGAAGAAGCCGGGUGAGCUGAAAGAGAUGAGGCGGGUAGCCCUGGGCUCCUCCCAGGUCUGGACAUCAUCAUCCCAGCUAGAGGCAUGGAGCCCCCCAAUCACAGAGGAAGAGACAGUGUCUGUGGCCUACAGUUUAAAUGCUGGGAAAAAGGACGUGAGAUUUGAGGCUGGGGAAUCUGGAAGCCAGCCACCACAUGCCCUCAUGCCCAGGGUCUUCCUGCAGGUGGAGCUGAAGAGCCAAGAGGCUCAGAGUCUGCAGCAGCAGCCAGACCACUACCUGUAUCUUUGUGAGGCGAGCCUCACUGAUAGCGUGGAGCCUGCACCAGGAGAGGAGAGGGAGGGUUCUCCCCAUGACAACCCCACUGCACAGCAGAUCCAGCAGCUGCUUUCUGUAAUGCAGGACUCCCCAGGCUUGGGUGGAGAAGCUGUUGGCCUGUUACCUGUAUGCUGCCUGGUGACACCUGGUGGAUUUCACGGGGCCUGCCAUGGCACCUACGGGGCACAGUCCGGCCCUGACAGCCAACAGGCUCAGAAGCCUGAUCCAGCAGUGGCCGGGAAGACAGAUACCAGCACCCAACGGCACUGA